CCCACAAGCCCCACAUUCUCCUGAAGCACUUUCAACGCCUGUUCAUGACCAUCCUCCUGCCAAGGCUGUGUGCAGAGGAAAACACCGAACGUCAACAAGGACUUCCGCUUCAACUUGGCGCACAUGUCCGCAUCAUGAAGAAGCCAGCGUAAAAGACAGGAUCGCGGCACAAAAAUGGCACUCGCGGGUCCAUCCAAGGCAGCACCUCCUUCUCAGUUGCGAGAUCCGCUCACUUUAAGAGCACUUCAUAGCUGGUCCUCGUCGCCUCUGACAGCCACAUUGUGCUCUUGCAUCGAGGCGCGGGAUCUGCUUUCGAACAUACUCUGCGCACGAGAGGCGACACCUCUGUGCUUGCAUUUGGGUCAAAGACCAACCAAGUUCGUCAACGUGGUGGGCAUGUGCGUAGGUUGCGAGACACGAGAAGGAUGGACAAGACUUUGGGUCGACGACGGCACCGCAGUGCUCCCUCUUCACCACUACCACAGUCUUGUCAUCGAUGCAGAGGCGGCAGCUGAACAGGUCAACAAAGAGCCGGACCAGAUCCGCACAAUUCAUACAAAGCUUGACAAGGAUAAGGGCAAGAAGCAUGCUCACGAUGCAUCAACAGGAGAUAUGCACGAAGAGGAUCCGGGAAUGCUGCGCAGCGCGCCGAAGCAAGACUGGACAGGAGUGCCGCCAGAAUACUGGCCUCGUGAACCGCCGAAACCCCCAAGCGGUAGCAAGACCGCUGGCAAUCCAGAUGCAGCAGAGAGAGAGCGGACUGGCGCUGCUGCAGCGUCUAGAGCCUACGUAGAUGUCGGACACGUGAUUAGGGUGUGCGGAAGGGUCAAACGCUUCCCUUGGGGUAUUGGUCUCGAGGUGGGCAAGAGACGAUGGGGCAAUGGAGGAGGAGGUUUCGUAGAGAUCGUCGUUGACCCAAACGCAGAAGCUCGACACGUGCUCGCUACCAUGGCUGCUCGAGAGACCUAUAGGAAGCCAUUCGUCAUACCACAAGAAGUAUCGCGCAAUGCUGAACGAUUAUCUCAAGCAGCGCGGCGCCCACAUUCCAUUAUUCGUAGAUCGCUGGCACCUUUUGGCGAACAGGCUUUAUCGCACAAGACAUGGGGCGCGCUCGCAAGGGAUCUGACGCCUCCGCCACAAUGGGGUGCUCGGCGACAUCAGGUCACAUACCUUGAAGCGGCGCCUCCGCGCUUCAAUCCCUCUCGCGUGCAAAUGAGCGCCAAGGGCAAAGUACGAGAAGGCAACUCCAUAUUGAGCCCAGUAAGGCGGUCACUUAGAAGUUCGAAGAACGCGUUGGACAUUCGCGAAGAGCGAAGACCACGACGAAGCCCACAGGGAGGCAGGCGCAGAUCGAUCGAUGAUAUGGAUGACGUUGACACGGCCCGUUCUAUGAAAGAAGCAGGCGUAGGCGAACGAAGCAGACCCAAAUUAUUGUGCGGCAACGGGAGUGUGCUCAAACCUGAAAAACUCAUAUCCGCGAUGAGCACGACCUCUACCUCCAGCCGACAAGGCAACAGACACCUCAAGCAUCACUCCGCGCUACCAGACUCCAAGAUCAACGAGGGGCUUUUCAGGCUGCACGUGGAGAUGUGGAUCACCAAGAGAGCUGCGAGUGGCAGCUCACGUGAAUCUCCUUUCACGUCCUGUGAUCUUCAGCAAGUGGCAGAACUGCGCGACCUCGCAUUCAGAUUGGUGCGAAUUCUCCUCAGACGAAGACUGCGAAAUAAAUACGGCAAGACGUCUACGGAUGCUGCUCGCCUAGAUACGGAAUGUGCUUUGUCCAGCGAGGAGCUGGAGAACAAAGUGCGUAGGCUAUUUGACUGGACCAUCACCCAAAUGCAAGAAGAGCGAAGCAUAGUUGCAAUUGAAAAUCGUGGGCCCGAACGUGUACAACAGUGGAAAUCGGCCAAGCAUUGAUUUGGGAUGCUGCACUGUAAUCAUAAUGCAC